GAAGCAAGGACCGCCUCCGCCCUCGCGGGGACCCCGCGCCGCUCCUCCCGGCCGCAGCCAUGUCGGGGCCCGGUAACAAACGCGCCGCCGGCGAUGGGGGCUCGGGGCCUCCAGAGAAGAAGCUCAGCCGCGAGGAGAAGACCACGACCACCCUCAUCGAGCCCAUCCGCCUGGGGGGCAUCUCUUCCACGGAGGAGAUGGACCUCAAGGUGCUGCAGUUCAAGAACAAGAAGCUAGCAGAGCGGCUGGAACAACGGCAGGCCUGCGAAGACGAGCUGCGAGAAAGGAUCGAGAAGCUAGAGAAACGGCAGGCCACGGACGACGCCACCCUCCUCAUUGUCAACCGCUACUGGGCCCAGCUGGAUGAAACCGUGAAAGUCCUCCUUCGACGUCAUGAGAGCCACGGGGAGCUUUCUUCAGGGGCAGAGGCACCUGGAGCCCAGGAGGGGCCGACCCAUGACGGAACCCCCCUCACAGAGCCAGGGACGUCCGAGUUGAGGGAGCCUCUGCCGAUGGAGCUGCGGCCCCCUCUUAGUGAGCCCGCCUUGGCCUUUGUGGUGGCCCUGGGCGCCAGCAGCUGUGAGGAGGUGGAGCUGCAGCUGCAGGGCCGGAUGGAGUUCGCCAAGGCGGCCGUGUCCCGGGCCGUGGAGGCCUCAGACCGCCUGCAGCGCCAGGUGGAGGAACUCUGCCAGCGAGUCCACAGCCGAGGGGACACUGAGCCCCCCAGCGAGGUGGCCCAGGUACGCACUCGGGAGCUGGGCCGGGAGAACCGGCGACUGCAGGACUUAGCCACCCAGCUGCAGGAGAAACAUCACCGAAUCUCCUUGGAGUACUCAGAGCUCCAGGAUAAAGUGACCUCAGCAGAGACCAAGGUGCUGGAGAUGGAGACAACCGUGGAGGACCUGCAGUGGGACAUUGAGAAGCUGCGCAAGCGAGAGCAGAAGCUCAACAAACACCUGGCCGAGGCCUUGGAGCAGCUCAACUCUGGCUACUACGUGUCUGGGAGCUCCUCGGGCUUCCAGGGCGGCCAGAUCACGCUCAGCAUGCAGAAGUUUGAGAUGCUGAAUGCCGAGUUGGAGGAAAACCAGGAGCUGGCCAACAGCCGGAUGGCAGAACUGGAGAAACUGCAGGCUGAGCUGCAGGGGGCUGUGCGGACCAACGAGCGCCUCAAGGUGGCCCUGCGGAGCCUCCCUGAGGAGGUGGUGCGGGAGACGGGCGAGUACCGCCUGCUGCAGGCCCAGUUCUCCCUGCUCUACAACGAGUCCCUGCAAGUGAAGACCCAGCUGGACGAGGCGCGGGGGCUGCUGCUGGCAACCAAGAACUCCCACCUCCGCCACAUCGAGCACUUGGAGAGCGACGAGCUGGGGCUGCAGAAGAAGUUGCGCACCGAGGUGAUCCAGCUGGAGGACACGCUGGCCCAGGUGCGCAAGGAGUACGAGAUGCUGCGCAUUGAGUUUGAGCAGAACCUGGCGGCCAAUGAGCAGGCGGGGCCCAUCAACCGGGAGAUGCGACAUCUCAUCAGCAGCCUGCAGAACCACAACCACCAGCUGAAGGGGGACGCCCAGCGCUACAAGCGGAAGCUGCGCGAGGUGCAGGCGGAGAUAGGCAAGCUCCGGGCCCAGGCCAGUGGCUCAGCCCACUCCAUCCCUAACCUGGGCCACUCAGAGGACUCGGGCCUCAGUGCCUCCACCCCAGGGAAAGAAGAGGGUGGGCCCGGAGCUUGUGGUGCCCCAGAGGCCAGGAAGGAGAUGACAUCAGUGCCUGGCGCCAGUGUAACAGCCUCAUCAGUGCGGAAGGAGGAACUGCUUUCCCCUGAAGAGGAUGCCCAAGCCCUAACCCCUGCGGCCCAGGGCCCCUCUUCCCGGGGCCGAGAGCCUGAGGGCAGGCCUAAGCGGGAGCUUCGAGAACGGGAAGGGCCUGGCCUAGGGCCCCCUCCGGCAGCCUUCACUCUCUCCAGGGUUGACAGGGAGAAGGGCAAGGUGGAGGAGGCCAAGAGGAAAGAGUCUGAGCUUCUCAAGGGUCUCCGAGCCGAGCUCAAGAAGGCCCAGGAGAGCCAAAAGGAGAUGAAGCUGCUCUUGGACAUGUACAAGUCAGCGCCUAAGGAACAGCGGGACAAGGUGCAGCUCAUGGCUGCAGAACGCAAGGCCAAGGCUGAGGUGGACGACCUGCGGGGCCGGAUCCGGGAGCUGGAGGAGCGGGAUCGGAGGGAGAGCAAGAAGAUUGCUGAUGAGGACGCCCUGAGGCGCAUCAGGCAGGCAGAGGAGCAGAUCGAGCACCUGCAGCGCAAGCUGGGUGCCACAAAGCAGGAGGAGGAGGCCCUGCUGUCGGAGAUGGACGUGACAGGCCAGGCUUUUGAGGACAUGCAGGAGCAGAACGGUCGGCUGCUCCAGCAGCUGCGGGAAAAGGACGACGCCAACUUCAAGCUGAUGUCUGAACGCAUCAAGGCCAACCAGAUUCACAAGCUCCUGCGCGAGGAGAAGGAUGAGCUGGGCGAGCAAGUUCUUGGUCUCAAGUCCCAGGUGGAUGCCCAGCUGCUGACCGUGCAGAAGCUAGAGGAGAAGGAGCGGGCCUUGCAGGGCAGCCUGGGCGGGGUAGAGAAGGAGCUGGCGCUGCGGAGCCAGGCCCUGGAACUCAACAAGAGGAAGGCUGUGGAAGCAGCCCAGCUGGCGGAGGACCUGAAGGUGCAGCUGGAGCACGUGCAGACCCGGCUCCGAGAGAUCCAACCCUGUCUGGCAGAGAGCCGCGCUGCUCGCGAGAAAGAGAGCUUCAAUCUCAAGAGGGCUCAGGAGGACAUCUCCCGGCUGCGGCGCAAGUUGGAGAAGCAGAGGAAGGUGGAGGUUUAUGCAGAUGCCGACGAAAUACUCCAGGAGGAGAUCAAGGAGUACAAGGCGCGGUUGACCUGUCCCUGCUGCAACACCCGCAAGAAGGAUGCCGUGCUUACCAAGUGCUUCCAUGUGUUCUGCUUCGAGUGCGUGCGUGGCCGCUACGAGGCGCGCCAGCGGAAGUGCCCCAAGUGCAACACAGCCUUUGGUGCCCACGAUUUCCACCGUGUCUACAUCAGCUGAGCUCACGGCUCGGGGCUGGAUAUCCAGAGGCCCGGGGGCUGGGCCCUGCGCCCGAAGCCCCCUUCCAUCCCCUCCUGGGCCCUACUCUGCAUUCCAGACCCUAUGGGCCCAGUUCCUGCCCAUCUGGUUGGUUGGGGGGUCCCUGCGCAUGCUGGCGGGAUCAGUGAAGCGAAGCCCCUUUGCCUGAAGAUCAGAGGGGCCGCCCAGGUGGCGCCCGCCCUGCAGAGCGCGUCUGCCACUCACCUGAGACUUCCCAGAAGCUGCCCUUCUACCUGUUCUGCCCUAGUUCCAAGGAGGCAGUUCCCCAGGCUGCGACCUCACCAGAGGCUCCCCACCUGGCUGUACACCCACAAGUACAGGCUACAAGUGGGCUAGGCCCCUCACCCCUUUUUGGGAGACUAGGUGCUGAGGAGAUUUUUCACCCUGCCACUGUCUCACCCUCUGAGUCUCAGGAGGUGCCUGUCAUCACUCUUCACCCUGGAAGCGUUUGACACUGGUUUCCAGCGCAACAGGACUCCCUGGGUCCCGCCUCUCUUCCAGCCCCCUUCCAGCCUUGCUUUCAUGCUGGUGGCCUUAUCUGUGUGGCAGCAGCACUUCCCCUCCUGGGAAGGGACAGACCAGCCAUUGGGCCAACUUCCAAUCAUUCCAGGCAGAAGCACCUCCUUGCCCAGCCACCCUGUGACUGAGCCUGUACACCCCCCGCCCCCCCCCCCAACCCC